AUGACCACACCCACUUCAACCCCGUUCAACGGAAUCGAUGCCUCCUCAAGGGCCAUCCCAAAGACACAUUCCGCAUGGACAUUCACUCGCGCCGGUGACCCGACCCAGAUCCUGACUCUACGCAAUGAUAUGCCCACUCGGGACCCAGCGUCGCUCAAACAGGGUGAAGCACUGAUCAAAGUAUCUGCAGUAUCACUGAACGCUGGCAUGCUAGGGCUCAUGAAAUUUCCACAUCUUACUAGCCGACCGUGGGUUCCUGAGCUGGAAUUUGCGGGGACAAUCGUGGCAUUGCCUGCUGUCCAAGGCGGGAGCGAUCCCUCAGGUAAGGGAGCAGAUGCUGCUGCUGCUGCUGCUGUUCCCAAGUUUCAAGUCGGAGACAAGGUCGUCGGCGCCCGCACUUUUCCCGAUCUCUUCAAAUACAACGGCACGCUCCAAGAGUAUCUUGUCAGCCCGGUCUGGGUGAUGGCUAAAGUUUCUGAGUCGUUGGGUGUUAACGAGGCGUCGGGCCUGCCGGCGGUCGGAUGUACGGCCCUCCAAGCGCUCAAGGUUGCUGGUGUCAAAAAGGGCGACAAGGUGCUCAUCACGGCCGCGAGCGGCGGUCUCGGGACCAUGUUGGUCCAAGUGGCUAGGGCCAUUGUUGGCAAAGAUGGGAUCGUGGUGGGAAGCUGUUCGGGGAGAAAUGAAGAGUUUGUCCGAGGACUGGGGGCAGAUGAGACAAUCGACUAUACUACACAUUCCCCUCUGCACGAAUACCUGGCGGAGCACCAUUCAAGCAAGAAAUUCGACGCCAUUUUUGAUGUUGCAGGAACCUCCAAUGACCUCUUCACCUAUUCGCCUUCGUAUCUUGUCGAAAACGGCACAUUUGUGCUCCUCGGCAACUUGAACCUCUUCAAGCCGUCGGCUUCUUUCUUUAGCUUUCUGGUUUGGGCACUGGGGACCAAUGUGAACCGCUAUCUUCCGCGCCUGCUGGGCGGGAUCCCGAGGAAGUUUUAUUUCUACUCUGCCACUCCGACUGGUGAAGAUACAGGGAAGAUCAUCGAGAUGGCGGAGAAGGGUGAGGUCAAGCCGGCGGUAGAUUCGGUUUGGAAAUGGGAGGACGCUAUAAAGGCCUACGAGCGAGCCAAGAGUCAACGGGCAAGGGGCAAGAUCGUCAUUGAAGUCGAGUGA